AUGCCCCACCUUCAUCGAGUGCGGAGGGUGGAGACGCAGCAUCCAUUCCAGAGUAGCUGCCAGGCGCUCGCGGCGCACCCGGACAAGCAGCGGCAGAGGACCGCCUUACCAUCACUAAGGGGUGAUGUAUUUGCAGAAAUAAAUGAUUUGGUCCGCGGCGGGUUCCAGCCGCGCCUUCCGACUUCGCUGCCGCCCCCAGGGCAGCAGCAGCAGCCGUCGCCGCUACCACGCCGACAGCCCGUCCCGUUGAUGCCUCCCGCGCAGCUUCAUCCGGGAGCGCCCCAGGUGGUCGCUCCGGCGCCUGCGGUCCCUCUUCAGUCGCCACCACAUUCGGAGCUGAUGGACGUCGACCCCUCAGCCGGGCCGCCUUCCCAAGCGGUGGCUGUGCAGCCUGUCCUGCAGCCGCUUUCCUUGGGCUCCCCCAAGGAGUCUGACACCGCAGCGCCUUGUCCGGCGCCCACUCAGCAGCCAUCGACGCAGCGUCAGGAGACGCUGCCUCUCUUCGUGGGUCCCAACGCCCCGUCGCGUCCAGUACCAGAAGCUGCGCCCGUGGUCACAGGCCCAGCAGCCGGCAGGCCUUUCACAAAAACGGCGCCCCGGCCUGGCCGUUGUGUUUACCCUGAAGACGGGACGUCGCGGCUCGUAACUCUGGACGCCCAGAGCCGGAGGCGCUUUGAGACGCAGCAGGAGGCCGGCAACCCAAUACUCUUGGCGGCGGCGGCGGCGGCGGCGGCGGCGGCGGCGGCAUCCGCUGUGGCCAACACGCUGCCGACCACCGAGAGCGGGGGCGGGACUAGGGAGGCGGCGGGGGCGGAGAGAGAGAGGCGGCGAAACGGCGCGCAGGAAGUCGCCGCCGAGAUAGGGCCCGCCGCCAUUAUCACAGCUCCCCCCACCACCGCCUCCAGCAGUUCUCACGGCACCGGCUAA